CACCUUUCCUGAGAUCCUGUACUCAGUCUGUUCGCAUUAAAUUAAAGCUGUUCAUUGCUGCGGAAGUUAGUGCAACACUGUGGGUUUGUUCCACACCAAUUUCCUACACGUGCUGCAGAUCAGAAUAUUAUUCUUUUUUCCGCCUAAUAGUCUACUUUUUAUUUGAUUUGAUUUAUUGUUUUUAUUUAUAAAUCUUGCCUACGUCCUUAUUGCCUGUAGCUGUUUCACGCGACGUUAUUGGAGCAGUGAAGACGCGAGCCAGCGCGAGCCUGCGCGAGCUCUACACGCCCAUGAGAACCGGGCAGGAAAACGUCGCGUGCGUGAGCGUGUGUGUAUGUGUACAUGUACACACUACAGCUUCUCGGACUUUCUAUGGAUGUGAUAUCUCAAGAACAUGUCCUUGUUUUUGAAGAUGGAUCCUUUUAGUCUUGUCCUCGACGCAGCAGAGACCAGCACGAGCACUAUGAUGUCUGCAAGUUGUGUGAUUGGGAUCAUUAACCAAACGUCUUGGAGAGAAGGUUAAUUGCUCUCUUCAGCGUGUAGCUACAGAGAAAGCGCGCGCGCACGGGCAGGUGCACAAACAGCACGGACUGGGGAGAAGGAAAAACACUAAACAAAUCACAGGCUUUCAGGGCAGCGAUCCAACUACAGCCUUGUCGGAUUCACGAUUCAAGGACGGUUCUGGGUUUAACGACACGCCCUGGUCUGCUGCGCUAGACGGAAUGAGGCUUAAUCAUCUGCUGCACUGUAGUUGUCACAGUUUCCCAAAACUCUAAGGGAUGGAGUGGCUCGUCAUCUCGCUGCUAAUACUGGUUGUUUCUACCGCCGGACAUCUCUGUCCCAAGCGCUGCAUGUGCCAAAACCUGUCGCCGUCGCUUGCUAUUCUUUGUGCCAAGACAGGCCUGCUCUUUGUACCCGCAGUUAUCGAUCGGCGGACAGUGGAACUUCGUCUUACUGAGAAUUUCAUCACGGCAGUAAGGAGGAGGGACUUCACCAACAUGACGAGUCUCCUUCACCUGACGCUGUCGCGCAACACCAUCAGCCAGAUCAUGCCUUACACCUUUGCUGAUCUCAAACGGCUGCGAGCGCUGCAUCUGGACAGCAACCGCCUCAGUGUGGUAACCGAUGACCACUUCCAGGGUCUCACCAACUUAAGGCACCUUAUUUUAGCCAACAACCAGCUCCAUAACAUUUCUCCACAUGCUUUUGAUGACUUCCUGGGGACUCUCGAAGACCUGGAUCUGUCUUACAAUAACCUGAUGGACAUUCCUUGGGAGACCAUUGGGAGGCUCACCAAUGUAAACACACUUAAUAUGGACCAUAACCUUAUCGAGCAUGUUCCUUUAGGAGUGUUUUCUAACCUGCACAAGCUAGCACGUUUAGAUAUGACAUCCAAUAAACUGAAAAAAAUUCCUCCUGAUCCUUUGUUUCUUAGGAUCCCUGUUUAUGCCAAGUCCAAGGGGUCUCCACUGACCUCGCUUGUUCUUAGCUUUGGAGGAAACCCACUCCACUGUAAUUGUGAGCUCCUUUGGUUAAGACGGCUUACGAGAGAAGAUGACCUGGAAACGUGUGCCACGCCCAGCGAUCUUACCGCUAAAUACUUCUGGACAAUUCCUGAAGAAGAGUUCAUCUGCGAGCCACCUGUUAUUACAAGGAGGUCCUUCAAGACAUUUGCUAUGGAGGGUCAGCCAGCUAGCUUAAAAUGUAAAGCCAACGGUGACCCGGACCCAGAAGUCCACUGGAUUUCUCCCGAAGGUCGUCUGAUCUCGAACACUUCCCGCACUCUCACCUUUAGCAAUGGCAGCCUGGAAAUAAACAUCACCUCCCUGAAAGAUAUGGGAGUAUUCACUUGUAUUGCCUCCAAUGCUGCUGGUGAGUCCACAGGCACUGUGGAACUUGUGGUCACUCCACUUCCUCACCUGGCCAAUAGCACUAAUCGUGUCCAGGAACCUGAUCCAGGACCAUCUGAUAUCUUGACAUCUGCCAAGUCCAGCUCUUCCUAUAGCAACGAUACAAGGACGCAAGAUAAGACAACAGUACUGGCUGAGCUCACUGCAAACUCGGCUCUCAUUAGAUGGCCUUCACAACAGCAUUUCCCAAGCAUCAGGAUGUUCCAGAUACAGUACAACAGCUCGGUAGAUGACACCUUGGUCUACAGGAUGAUCCCAUCUACAAAUCAGGACUUUCUGGUGAGAGAUCUGGCAUCCGGGCGUGAGUACGACCUGUGCGUGCUGGCUGUGUAUGAGGAUGGCAUAACUUCGCUGACUGCCACACGGCAGGUGGGCUGCGUCUCAUUCAUCACACAUGCCGAGUUCACCCAGUGCCAUGUGUUGCGCAGCCACUUCUUGGGUGGCACCAUAAUCAUCAUCAUCGGUGGCAUCAUCGUGGCAUCUGUGCUGGUCUUCAUCAUCAUCCUUAUGAUUCGCUACAAAGUCUAUAGCCAGCAGGGGCCCAAGCCCGGGAUAGAACUAGCCAAGAGCAAGGUCCGUUCACAAAGCAAUGGAGGAGGACAGGUUCCUGGGCAAAUGCCAUGCUCAGGCUCCAAAGUCAUGGAGGGGCAGGAGGAUCAAGGAUCAGGGUUUGGUGGAGGAGCAAGGGUGACAACUUCUUCUCUCAAAGACUGCAUUACCAUGGCUUUAGUCAUGGAUUGUGAGAAGGGAAUGCAGAACUCUGAAGCAAGCAGUGAGGGAAAUGUUUUACCCUUACAAAAACGCCUCUCCAGGACUUGCCUAGAGCAAAAAGGUCAACCUUCGCUGUCCACCAUUGAUGGGACCGCAACUGUCGAAGCAAACACCGCAGGACAGCAGGUCAGUGAUGACCUGGGUCAGACGUUGCCAGAUUGGGGCAAUUUAAAAAUUUGAUGACCUCUGCUGCUGUCCAACAAGAGGCAGCCGCCAACCCUGACAAAUCUCUCGAGAUGACCUGAAAUCAGGGAAAACUUAAUGACUUAAUGAGGGAAUCAUUUCUUUAAAAAAAAAAAAAAAAAAAGUGCCAUCUUUUUAUCUCCAGGAUGAUCCAAAAAAAUUACACCAUGUUCUAUUUCGGGACUUUAAGGAUUAGCUCUUGCAAGAACAGAGAAAACUGAGUACAUGGUUGUUGUCCGUCUCUGGCUUGUGGACUGUACUGCCUUUAGCCUCACUGCGGCCACGAGGGUCUCGUUUUCUACCAGUUACAGUAAUCAUCACUACCUGAACGGUCUGUUUAACAGAAGGUAUUCACCCUUUCCCAUCCUUACCGAUAUCUCGAGAAUUUCAGAACGAGAUGCAGGAUACGCAGCUGAUCUGAUCCACUCCUCUUCCUCCUCAUGUCAUUUUAUUUUUUUUUUAUUUUUUUUUUUUUCUUCCACGUCUGCCGAAGUCAGAACUGACACCAGAUACAUGGCUAAUAAACGGAGACACACGGGUGUGUGUGCCUGGGGAGCACAAGUAUAUGUCUACUUCUUUUUUUUUUUGUUUGUUUUUUUUUUUUUGUUUGUUUUUCUUAAUGUUCUGUAACUUUAAUUAGGUGUUUUUAUUUAGUAGUGUACAUAGCUGUACAUAAGCAAUUUCAAAUCUUAUAGUUUUGUACAUGUAUUUUUUAUGGUGUGUAAUCAUAUAAAGAGUGUUUAACUCAAGAAGUUUUAAUGUAACAACACAAACACAUAAAGUAUGUUGACACAGUGAAAAUGUGUGGGCUGGGGAUGGUGUAAGGGAAAUAAUACACCCUGAAGUAAACUAAGGAAUUGAUUACACAGAAGAACCUUAGAACCUAAACCUCACUCUGCCAAAGACCAGUUACAGGUAAACCCCCAAGGACAGUGUGGCUGGAUUUGGUUUGCCUUCAACCCUAUGGGCAAAAAAAAUUUAAAAAAUGAUGAAUGCUAACACCACCUCUAGCCCUAACACUAACCUUUAUAUCUUUUCAUAUGGGGUAAUUCAUAAAAUGUUCUUAGAUGAAAGAUGAAAUAAAUCUCUCUCUCUUCUGAUUUAAACAGACUCAAAUUGUCCAUUAGUGACUGGAGACGAUGGACUAGAGACGAAUCUCAUGCUAUUAUAAUCAGAUCACUAUGAAGUCUUAUAACAAUAAUACAAGAUACAAACAAAUGUACAAGUUACGUAAAUUGUCUUAGUAAGGUGUUGGACCACCACGAGCCGCCGGAAGAGGGUCAGUGUGCUUUGGCAUUUUAUAAUUGUCUGGAACUAUAGUGGCGUUAUCGACACUAUUCUUCCAAAAGAUAUGGCUGCAGUUGGGGUGCUGAUGGUGGUGUUGGUGGAGAGCACUGCUGAAAACAUCCAGAAUCUCCCAUAUGUUCAAGUGGAUUAAGAAUUCUUGGUGAUUCCAAAAAAAAAAUUCUAUUUAAAUGACUGACAUUCCACCCUUUACGCAUUUUGUGCAGGAGCUCCGCAUGUUCACGUCGGAGUACGUUGGAAGAAAUAAGGAAUUAUCACUCAGAAAUGUGACGGCACAGCUGUUUUCGGUAUUAUUUUAUUUUUUUGUAAUAAAAAAAAAAAAAGAAAGACAGAUGCAUAAACCGACAAAUGAGUCUGGAAGGAUUGACCGGUCAGCUCUCAGACGUGCUCGAACAGCUUGAGCAGCAGAUCAACAGUGAAGUCGGCCAUGUGGAAGCGUUUCUCGUUUUCUACGAGGGACGUUAGACGAGCGAUCUGUAAAAGAACAAUAUUGAAAUUGUACUGUUAAGUUUUUUUGUUUGUUUGUUUGUUUUUUUACUGUUCACUGCGUUUACUCAGGCGGUGGGGCUACACAUUCUUUUUCUUCAGUGUUGUCGGGUCUACUCUAUUAUAAGACUUAUUUUAUUAGCCAGUUAUUGAUAGACAAUAAAAUCUCUGGGCAAAUGGGAUGAUUUGGGCUGUUUUUAUAUACUUAUAUUUAUAUUCUCCAAAAGGCCUUGUUUGUUUUCACAUUUUAUGUGAACGUGUGCUUUAAGGGGACCAGUCGAGCCG